AUGGCUCAGCCAGGAGUCCAGUCGUUGAAGUGCGUGGUGACAGGUGACGGUGCUGUCGGAAAAACAUGCCUGCUUAUUUCCUACACAACGAACGCCUUCCCCGGCGAGUACAUUCCUACCGUCUUCGACAACUACUCGGCGAGUGUGAUGGUUGAUGGAAAGCCGAUCAGCCUGGGACUUUGGGAUACUGCUGGUCAGGAAGAUUACGACAGACUGCGGCCGCUUUCAUACCCCCAGACCGACGUCUUCCUCAUUUGCUUCUCCAUUGUCAGCCCGCCGUCAUUUGACAACGUCAAGGCCAAGUGGUACCCCGAGAUCGACCACCAUGCGCCAAACAUUCCCAUCAUCCUCGUCGGCACCAAGUUGGAUUUGAGAGAGGACCCCAACACCCUCGAGUCCCUCCGCCAAAAGCGCAUGGAGCCCGUUUCCUACGAUCAGGCCUUGGUUUGCGCCAAGGAGAUCAAGGCACACAAGUACCUAGAGUGCUCUGCCCUGACACAGAGAAAUCUGAAGAGCGUUUUCGAUGAGGCUAUUCGUGCCGUCUUGAACCCUCGCCCGGUCGCUACGCAGAAGAAGAAGUCCAAGUGCACGAUUUUGUAA